AUGGCUGCAAGAAACAAAUACGUGAACAAGCUGCAUGGCCAACACAUCGUCAUCUUCGGAGGGACCUCCGGCGUCGGCUUCUGUGUAGCUGAAGCCAGCAUCGAGCAUGGCGCCAACGUUACGAUCCUCUCCUCCGACCCGAACAAAGUGGACGCUGCCCAAGCGCGCCUUCUAGCAUCCUAUCCCGAGGCCAAGAACCGAGUCCGCGGCUUACCGAUUGACCUCGGAGCGCCAGAUGUUGAGGAUCAACUGGUGUCAUCGUUCGAGAAAAUGCAGCCGCUGGACCAUAUCAUCUUCACAGCGGGAACGUUCAAGUUUGACUCGGAAGACUGGACGCAGCCUCGAUCCGACUUGGACCGAAUCCGAAACACUGCCAAUGUCCGCAUUAUCGCCCCGUUCCUCAUCGCCAAGCAUGCGCCGAAGUAUAUGGCAAGCAACUCGCCCGCUUGCUCCAUCACACUCACCAGUGGAGCCACGGCCGAGAGGCCCAUGGGACAGGGGAUGGCUAUGCAUACCAUGUACUCGACAGGCCUGUACGGGCUCGCAAAGAACCUCUGCUUAGAUAUUGCGCCGCUCAGGGUUAACCUCGUCAGUCCUGGUCCCAUUGAUACUGAGCUGUGGGACACCAUUCCGGAAAAAGAGAUUAUGUUCGCCCAUCUAAAGGAGAAAUUGCCCAUCAAAGAGAUCCCAACGCCUGAGAAUGUGGCAGAAGCUUAUAUAUACUGUAUGAAGGAUCGUGGAUUGACCGGAGCAAUCAUAUCAACACAUGGUGGAGGAAUUCUCGUUUGA